UAUUAAUGGUUAACAUUUCUAUUAGGAUUAUUCACAAACAUACAUAAACAUUCAGAUAUUGCAUUUAAAGUAUAUUAAUAUAAAUAUUGCAUUAGACUAUAGACACGCUGUCAUUAUUAUUAUUAUUAUUAUUAUUAUUAUUAUUAUUAUUAUUAUUAUUAUUAUUAUUUAGUCAUUUAGAAGACUUUUAUCCAACGUGACUCACAGAGACUAGGGGUGCGUCACAACUAAUGUUCUGCGCGUUAGGGUCCCAGAAUCUGUUUUGGACUGAUUUAUUUCACCUUUUUAUGGAAGAGGUUGCGUUUCAUUUUUUUGGUCGUAUCCUUCCAUAUUUUAAAUUUAGCAGUGGCUCCGCAGAGUAUAAGAAAUAGGGUGGAAAUGCUAAUAUAUUCAUAGCAUUUAAUGCAAUGUUUUUGUUGGAAUCGUCAGUCGGUUCAUUGAUUUGACUCCACGGACGCCUGUGUUAUGAUACAGACGUAUACAUUAGGGCUGUGACCCGCGCGAUUUUGCUUGCUUGUAUCUAAUGUUUAUACGAUUAUAUUAACAUUAUUUUCUUUUAUACAUAUAAAGUAUUUUUGAUAAAAUCAUUUGUCAGAUUUAUUUCCCUACAGAACAGAGCAAGUUUACGAGCACAAUAACCCAUGACAGCGUUGCAGUGAGACACAUCACACCACCCAUAACUCAGCUGCAUCCAGAUGAAGGAGAACACGACUCCACUCCAUCACUCCACUGCAAAAACUCUGCUAGUGACAAACUGCAGUGCAUGACACACAGAGAGCCGACACCUCAAGAUGAACAUUUUAAAGAAUUGAUUGUUAAAAUUCAUCCUGUACAAGUGCCGUUUAUUCAGGAGAGUACAGAGAUUGCACAGUCUGUGUGUGUGAACAAUUCUGAAACCCGGGACAACUUGAAGACCUUACCUUGUUCUACUGAAGCUGGGAAGAGUUCCUGGCAAUUAGGCUCUCCUAAAACUCACAAGGGAAAUCGCACAGGAGGGGCUUCAUUUCUCUGUGCUGAUUGUGGGAAGAGAUUCACUCUAUUAGGAAAUCUUAAAAAACACCAACUAAUUCACACAGGAGAGAAACCUCAUCACUGUAAUACAUGUGAGAAGAGGUUCUCUCGAUCAGAAUAUCUUAAACACCACCAGCGAAUUCACACAGGAGAGAAACCACACCUUUGUAGUGAUUGUGGGAAGUGCUUCACUCUAUUAGGAAAUCUUAAAAAACACCAACUAAUUCACACAGACGAGAAACCACACCACUGUAAUAAAUGUGAGAAGAGGUUCUCUCGAUCAGAAUAUCUUAAACAUCACCAGCGCAUUCACACAGGAGAGAAACCACACGUCUGUAGUGAUUGUGGGCAGUGCUUCACUACAUUAGGAAAUCUUAAAAAACACCAACUAAUUCACACAGGAGAGAAACCGUACCACUGUAAUGAAUGCGAGAAGAGGUUCUCUCGAUCAGAAUAUCUUAAAUAUCACCAGCGACUUCACACAGGAGACAAACCACACCACUGUAAUGAUUGUAGGAAGUGCUCCACUCAAUUAGAAAAUCUUAAACACCAAGAAAUACACACAGGAGAGAAACCACACCACUGUAAUGAAUGUGGGAGAAGUUUCACUCACUUAAGAAGUCUUAAAGCACACCAACUAAUUCACACAGGAGAUAAACCACACCGCUGUAAUGAUUGUGGGAAGAGCUUCACUCAAUUAGGAAAUCUUACAAAACACCAACGAAUACACACAGGAGAGAAACCACACCACUGUAAUGAUUGUGGGAGAAGUUUCACUCGAAUAGACAACCUUAAAAUGCACCAGCUCAUUCACACAGAAAAGAAACCACACCACUGCAAUGACUGUGGGAAGAGUUUACCUGAAUUAGGAAAUCUUAAAACACACCAACUAAUUCACACAGCAGCAAAACCCUGAAUGCUGAAUGUUGGGGGACGGACAUUCCUUCACAAAGACUCCUCAGAAGUGUUUAUUGCACAGGCUGCUUUUACACUUUGAAACAGACAAAAGGACACCAUUCCGGUCAUGAGACAUCAGAGCUUCAAACGAAACAGACACUUUGAACACAUUCCAAAGAGGGAGACACUAUUUCACCCCCUCGCUGGUAAGAGAGAGACGUGCCCGGAUGUUUAUCUCGUGGGAGAUGUUGCUUUCCGAUAUCCCACUGACUGAGACUGCAAACAUUAAUUACCACAGUAACUGUUGACUGUGACUUGGCUUCUUCACGUCUAAACCCCUGGAGCAAGGUGUAAACGCUGGGCUUCUCUUUGCAUCCCUCCAGGCUGGACCGCGGAGCAACGACCACCGCAGGAUUGGUAUUCUUCUUUCUUAUUCAUAGGACUGCGUUGUUUAGUCCCCUUCCAAUGAAACAUUGAAAUUAAAGAGCCAGAUGUGAGCCUCCAAACCCAUAAAACACCAUGGACAGCAAUUCAAAACUCUGUUCAUAUUUUAAAUGACUCUCUUUAUAUGGAAGCAAAUAUUCUGAAACUGUUAAAUUACAUGUAAAUAAAUAUAUAUGUAUAUUAAACUGGCAUUAUGAAACAUUUGCAAUAAAUGUUAAGGAGGCUGUGUGGUCCAGUGGUUAAAGAAAAGGGCUUGUAACCAGGAGGUCCCCGGUUCAAAUCCCACCUCAGCCACUGACUCAUUGUGUGACCCUGAGCAAGUCACUUAACCUCCUUGUGCUCCGUCUUUCAGGUGAGAUGUAGUUGUAAGUGACUCUGCAGCUGAUGCAUAGUUCACACACCCUAGUCUCUGUAAGUCGCCUUGGAUAAAGGCGUCUGCUAAAUAAACAAAUAAUAAUAAAUAGCGUUAUGUUAAUAGUUUGUAUUACUUGGGAUUGUCUUUCAAUAGACAGCAAAGCAAACGUGUGAUCAAUCCAUCAUAGAGUGGAUAGUUAAUUGAUCAAUGGAAAAAUGUCAAGAUUAAAAACCCUAUUCUGAAGUAUUGCUUGUAUUUUUUUUUUCAGAGUAUGUAGCUUCUGAAUAAGCUUUUUUUCCUCAAGUCUGCUGUUCUUUUUCUUUGUUUGAUAAACAACACUAUGAAGCAUGUAGUAGAAGGCCUGAUCCUCGGAGAGCAUCCCACUGAAAAAUGCUUGGUCCUGAAAGGGUUAAAUGUGUGAAACUCUUGCCACAUUCAGCACAGUGAUGAGGUUUCUCACCCGUUUGAAUGCGCUGGUGUGAUUGAAGACUUCCUAAUCACAUGGAGCGCUUCCCACACAGUGCAGUGAUAGUACAUAAG